GCAUGCGCAGGGACCGGGCCCGGGGGCAGCGAGCAGCGGGGCAUAGCCGGCCUUUCCCCGCACCUCCGCCCGGCCCGGCCGGCCGGGGCGGCUCCGACUGCGCUGCCUGGUGCUGCCGACGCGCUGGAGGCCAGGAGAUCAAGGCAUACAGUGGAGUCUUCUCAAGGAAGAUGUCAUCUUUGACGAUGAAAACUCGUAUGGACAAAAGAGGAAGUUUCUUUAAGCUCAUUGACACAAUUGCCUCAGAAAUCGGAGAACUGAAACAGGAGAUGGUACAGACAGCUCUCACAGUGGAAGAUGAAUCUGCUGAUUGGCAAAGUCUAAUAAAGGACGUGGACAACGUCUCUCAUGAAAAAAAUGAUGUAAAAAGCUGCCCCCGGGACUCCGGAUAUGACAGCUUAUCCAACAAGCUAAGCAUAUUGGACAAGCUCCUCCAUACUCACCCUGUGUGGCUGCAGCUUGGUCUGAGUGAUGCUGAAGCCAUGGAAAUCUUGCAGACACAGCCUCCUGGGAUAUUUCUGGUUAGGAAAUCUGCAAGGGUGCAGAAGAAAGUCAUCUCUCUGCGUCUGUCCAGUGACUCUGGGUCCUGCCUGAAAGAAUUUGCCAUAAAAGAAAGUACAUACACAUUUUCCUUGGAGGGGUCUGGAAUAAGUUUUGCUGAUUUGUUCAGACUCAUUGCUUUCUACUGUAUUAGCAGGGAUGUCCUUCCAUUCACACUGAAGUUGCCUCAUGCAAUUGCUGCAGCAAAGACAGAAGCUGAACUUGAAGAGAUUGCUCACCUUGGACUGAACUUUUGGAGCUCCCUGGCUAACAGCAAACUCCCAGAUCCUUCACCUCCCUGUAGGCCUGUGCCUUUGGACAGUGCUCGCAAAGACUCACGCCAGCUCUGCCUUAUAAAUGGAGUGCAUUCUAUACGAACCAGAACGCCUUCAGAGCUGGAGUGCAGCCAGACCAACGGAGCGCUGUGUUUCAUUAAUCCUCUCUUCUUAAAAGUGCACAGCCAGGAUGUCAGUGGAAGUCUGAAAAGGCAGAGCCCAAGAACUCCAGACGUGAAUGGCACAAUGAGGCCUUGCUCCCCCCCGCCCCGGCCACCACCCCCUGCUAAUAAUAGCACCCUCAUGAGCCCACAGAUUUCCAGGACUAUAAAGCAGGCAAGCAUACCAGAAACAGUCGACCAUAAGGAGAGAGGCUUGGAUUUGCUGCAGAACAAGCCCACCCCGAUUCCGCCUCCUCGGCUGAAAAAGCAGGCUGUGUGCUCUGAGGCAGACAGUGCCUCCAGGAGUGUGGCAGCAGUCCAGCCUGGCUCCAUGCGCAUGCCCAAGGCAGCCGCUGUUCCAGGUGGAACCCUGCCUGAGCCAGCUCCAGCAGCUCCCAAAAAGACGCUGGCUGCCAUCUCUGAGUCACACAUCCCGUGGAAUGGAUGCCGGCAGAGACUGAGCAACAUGAGCAUUUCCACAUCCUCGUCUGACUCGCUGGACUUUGAUCAGAGCAUGCCGCUCUUCGGCUAUGAGGGGGACACCAACAGCAGCCUGGAGGACUUUGAGGGGGAAAGUGACCAGGAGAGCAUGGCACCCCCUUUGAAGCCCAAGAAGAAAAGAAGCAGUUCGUUUGUUCUCCCCAAGAUUGUGAAAUCUCAGCUACGGAAAGUCAGCGGAGUUUUCAGUUCCUUCAUGACCCCCGAGAAGAGGAUGAUUAAGAAAAUUGCAGAGAUGUCCCAGGACAAACGCACCUAUUUUGGAAGCUUAGUACAGGAUUAUGUCAGCUUUCUCCAAGAAAACAAGGAGUGCCAUGUUUCGAGCACUGACAUGCUGCAAACAAUUCGUCAGUUCAUGACCCAAGUCAAGAACUAUUUGUCCCAAAGCUCCGAACUUGAUCCCCCAAUCGAAUCACUGAUUCCUGAAGACCAAAUAGAUGUUGUGCUGGAGAAGGCCAUGCAUAAGUGCAUUCUGAAGCCGUUGAAGGGUCACAUUGAAGCAAUGCUGAAAGAGUUUCAUACCAUGGAUGGUUCCUGGAAACAACUGAAGGAAAACCUGCAGCUCGUGCGGCAGAGGAAUCCUCAGGAACUGGGCGUAUUUGUUCCGACACCAGACUUUGUGGACGUUGAAAAGAUUAAAGUCAAGUUCAUGACUAUGCAGAAGAUGUAUUCACCUGAAAAGAAAGUCAUGCUGCUGCUGAGAGUUUGCAAAUUGAUUUACACUGUUAUGGAGAAUAACUCAGGGAGGCUGUAUGGAGCUGAUGACUUCUUGCCUGUAUUGACAUACGUGCUUGCCCAGUGUGAUAUGCUGGAGCUGGAUACUGAAAUUGAAUACAUGAUGGAGUUGCUGGAUCCAUCCUUGCUGCAUGGAGAAGGAGGCUAUUACUUGACAAGCGCUUAUGGAGCACUUUCACUGAUCAAGAACUUCCAGGAAGAACAAGCUGCCCAGUUGCUUAGUUCAGAGGCCAGAGAUACUCUUCGGCAGUGGCACAAGAGGAGGACAACGAACAGGACAAUACCUUCAGUUGAUGAUUUUCAGAACUACCUUCGUGUUGCAUUCCAGGAAGUUACCAGCGGCUGUACAGGAAAGACUUUGCUAGUAAGGCCAUACAUCACUACCGAAGAUGUAUGUCAGCUUUGUGCUGAGAAGUUUAAAGUGGCAAAUCCAGAAGAAUACAGGCUGUUUCUUUUUGUUGAUGAUACCUGGCAACAACUGACAGAAGAUACCUACCCUCAGAAAAUCAAGGCAGAGUUGCACAGCCGUCCACAGCCCCAGGUCAGCCCCUUUCCUGUGGUCAGAGAGAGAAAGACUGCCUGGGUGCUCUGAUCUCUGAUGUUUCUGCGUGAGUUCUUCCCCCCCACCACCAGCGUGGCCUUGAAAAUCUUAACACCAUGAGCUGCAGAGAGAGAGAAAAAGUCUGGGCAGAUUUAGCCCUUUCCUGGCAACGUGAAGCUUCCAAAGCCUAACCCUUCCCUGAGAGAGAAAAGAAAGAAACAGAGGGAACAUAGAGAAGAAACAGCAUGAAGUCAGUGGAUCGAGAGUGAAAAGAUUAUUGGGACAGGAGGUUGAAGAGUUUGUCAUUCCAUCCUUAGUGAGCCAUGGAAAUGAGCUUUAUAUGUAGAUCAUCCCUUUAAAUCAUGAGAAAGAUACACAUUUAGGGAGAUGAUUGUUUAGAUUUGUGUGUGGAUUUGAGCAGAGGUGUUUGUGAUGGACUAAGUGAUAUUAAUCUCAUAGGAUGCUUGAACAGAGAUAGAGAUGAGAAGCCCUCUGCACCAGUGAAGUGAGAAGAUAUCUCUGUUCCUUGAGAUAAAGAAUCCUUUGCUUUUGGAGUUAUUCAUCUUUAAACAGUGACACUCCAGCAUGCAAAAGUCUAAGACCCAUGACCCAUAAGCAGCUUGGGAAACUGCUACUGGGAGGGGUCACAAAGGCAGGUUUCCCCGGGCAGCUGUUUUUGUGACAGUUAAACAACCCACAAAAAAGCUGUUUUGAAUUAUCAGUGAGAUCUGUGACUCUAAAAGACUCUUCUCCUAAAGAAUUGACGAAAGAUUAUUUUCAAAUGGUGAAACUGGCUGAAAAUUACAAGUUUUGUCUCUUUGUUGUUUUGUAGGAAAGUUAACAGUUUGUAAAGGGAGGGAAUAGUGUUUUUGGAGUUUCAUUCUGUUUUGUUUUAGUUUCUUUUUCCCAGCUUUCUUUUUCCAUUCUUUUAGUGUGUGUUAAUAAAACUAUUUGUUCAUUUUUAAGCUUGUGCCUGCUUUGCUUUUCUCCUAAUCUCUCUCCCACAGAAAAAGAAUAAACACUAAAUUUGGCAUCCAGAAUUUGGCAAACGUGAAACCAU